UCGUCCUCAUCCACCUAUCUCAAUUAUAAGCAAUCUCUAUGUCUAUAUUAUGCCGUUACAACCUGCUACUACACCCUGCACCUGCAUCACUCUCCACAUCCUCCUCCAAUUCCAUUCCGCCACGCGUCUCUCUCUCCCACCUUCCUCAUCCUCUACAUAGCACCACCACAACGGCCAUCACACCACAACCAUAUUCGAACACCAUGGGUAACAAAACUGAACUUCAAUCAGAUUUCAAGCUCGUUGGUUUCAAAAACUUCGUCCGAACCAACCCGAAAUCGGACCGCUUCCAGGUGAACCGUUUCCACCACAUCGAGUUCUGGUGCACGGACGCCACCAACGCUGCCUCCCGCUUCUCAUGGGGACUCGGAAUGCCAAUCGUUGCAAAAUCGGACUUGUCCACGGGAAACCUAAUUCACGCCUCCUACCUCCUCCGCUCCGGCGACCUCUCUUUUCUAUUUUCCGCUCCUUAUUCUCCCUCCAUCUCAGCCGGUGCCGCCUCCACUGCCGCCAUUCCAACCUUCGACGCCGCCGCCUGCCUCUCCUUCGCCUCCAAGCACGGCCUCGGCGUGCGCGCCAUCGCCUUGGAAGUUGCCGAUGCGGAAGCCGCCUUCCGUGCCAGCGUCGCUCACGGCGCCGAGGCGGUGUCUUCGCCGGCCCUCCUCGAAGGCCGCACCGGCUUCGCUGAGGUGCGGCUCUACGGGGACGUCGUGCUUCGCUACGUAAGCUACAAGGACGCGUCGCACGCGUCCGACACUGAUCCCUCGCGGUGGUUCCUGCCGGGAUUUGAGGCUUCGGCAGCUGCUUUCCAAGAGCUGGACUACGGGAUACGGCGGCUGGACCACGCCGUCGGGAACGUGCCGGAGCUGGCGCCGGCGGUGAGAUACCUGAAAAACUUCACCGGAUUCCACGAGUUCGCGGAGUUCACCGCGGAGGACGUGGGAACGACCGAGAGCGGGUUGAACUCGGUGGUUCUGGCGAACAACUCGGAGACGGUACUACUGCCUCUGAACGAACCGGUUUACGGAACAAAAAGGAGGAGCCAGAUUGAAACGUAUCUGGAACACAACGAAGGAGCUGGUGUGCAGCACCUUGCGCUUGUUUCUAACGACAUUUUCAGGACUCUGAGGGAAAUGAGAAAGCGAAGUUUCGUGGGUGGCUUUGAGUUCAUGCCUUCUCCUCCUCCAACCUAUUAUGCCAACCUUCACAAGCGUGCCGGUGACGUCUUGACUGUUGACCAGAUUAAGCAGUGUGAGGAGCUUGGGAUUCUUGUUGACAGAGACGACCAGGGCACUCUGCUUCAGAUUUUCACCAAGCCCGUUGGAGACAGACCAACUAUAUUUAUAGAGAUAAUUGAGAGGGUUGGAUGCAUGGUGGAGGAUGAGGAAGGAAAGGUGUACCAGAAGGGCGCAUGUGGGGGUUUUGGGAAAGGCAACUUUUCUGAGCUUUUCAAAUCCAUUGAAGAAUAUGAGAAGACUUUGUUAGAAGCUAGAAGAACAUCCUAAUCCUUCUCCUUCUGUAACACACAUACUCAUAAUUAGCAAUAACAUGUAAAACUCUUCCAAAUGUUACACUUUUUUCUUCCUAUUUACUCAUAAAAGCUAAUAAAUUAUACGGUUUCAAAUAAA